GAGCCAGAAGAAGAUGAAUACGAUACGGAUCUGGAAUCUGAACAGGAUGUUACAGACUUUGAUGUAAGUGGUAGAAACCUAUACCUAUCAGCAUGUAAGCAUUAUCGUAUCGUUCCAGUUAGCUAUUUCGUACGACACAUGAAGGAGUCUCAAUUGGUAAUGAAGAACCAUGGGUUGAGCACACUAGGAGUAAAAGCUAUGGCUCUAGCACUGCAGAGUAAUACCCAUGUUGUUAAUUUAGAUCUAGAGAGCAACUGGAUCGGUGGCACUGGUGGUACAUAUAUCGCUCAGAUGUUGAAAGAAAACAUUUAUAUUACUGAGCUAAAUUUAGCUAAUAACAACUUAAGAUCGGUUGGAUGUGCACAAAUAUGUGAUAUGCUGACCUACAAUACCACAUUACAAAUUUUAAAUCUUUCUGGUAAUAAGUUUACUGAUGCUGAUUCUGUAUAUUUUGAUGAAGCACUGUCGGAAAAUCGUCGCUUACAAUACCUCAAUCUUAGUCACAAUCAAUUUGGAGAAAAAGCAUCUAAACUUUUAGGUCAUGGUGUUGGUGAGAAUGAGACACUUGAGGAACUGGAUAUCAGUUGGAAUUAUUUUCGUCAUCGCAAUGCCGUGGAAAUGUGUGAUCAGAUUAAAAAUAAUGCUAAAUUGAAAAAGGUGAACCUUUCAUUCAAUGGACUGGGAUAUGAAGGUGGUGUGGCCGUUGCUGAUAUUAUAAAAGUCAACAAUGUCCUUCAAGAACUGGAUGUUUCACACAAUAGGAUCCCCGAAAAGGCUGCUGCUUUGAUCAGUAAAAAUAUGGAAUCGAAUGAAGACUUGAAAGUUUUUCGAAUAGGUCAUAAUCCUAUUGGGGUGGAAGGUGCCAAGAUUAUGGUGAAAGGUAUAUCUUCAGAAAAUAAUCGUACAGAAAUUCUGGAUAUGACUGGGGUUGAAGUUGAUAAAGAAUUUCUA